AUGAAGUGGGCUACCUUUACGGCUGUGGCAGCGCUUCUCGCGCAGAAUGUCAACGCUCAAGGCAGCAUGUUGCGAUUCGCCUGCUCACAACUCGUCGUUGAGCGAACGGAUCCUCUCGUCAACCCUGGCAUGAAGUACACUCCCCAUUUGCACCAGAUCGUUGGUGGCAACAGCUUCAAUGUUUCCAUGGACCCCAACAACGACCCGGCUAAGCUGUCCACCUGCACAUCAUGCUCCUUCCUCCAGGACAAGUCCAACUACUGGACUGCUGUCAUGUUCUUCCACCACAAGAACGGAUCCUACAUCCGCGUUCCCCAGACCGGAAACGGCGGUCCUCAAGGAAAGCUCGUCAACAAGGGUGGACUCGAUGUUUACUACAUUCCCAGCGGCAAGACGACCGCUUUCAAGAAGGGUUUCCGCAUGUUGGCUGGAUCCGCUACCAACACGGAUGACAACAAGGUGUCAAAGGGCAACAUCUGCCAUCGAUGCUGGACAUCGCCCAACGAGAAUACCUUCGUCGGCGCUCAGCCCUGCUCUGGCAGCGACACUGUUGCCAUUCCCUCGGACCCCAAGUGCAAGAUGAUCCGCCAGACCAUCAUCUUCCCCACAUGCUGGGAUGGCAAGAACCUCGAUUCGCCCGACCACCAAAGCCACGUUUCUUACGGUCAAGGCUCUGGUGCUACAGGCGGCGGUGCCUGCCCCUCGACACACCCCGUCAAGCUUCCUCAGAUUAUGUACGAACUUAUGUGGAACGUCACCAACUUCUCCGACAAGAGCAAUUGGCCCACUGACGGCUCCAAGCCCUUCGUGUACUCCAUGAACCUUGGGGGCGCUGCCGCUCACGGUGACUACGUCUUCGGAUGGGAGGGCGAUUCGCUCCAGAAGGCCAUGGACAACAACUGCAACCUCAACACUGCCUGCCCCAAGGCCGGCCUCACCACUCAGACCGACGCCCAGUACGGCGCGUGCACCAAGCAGCAGCAGGCACCCGAGGACGUUGACGGCUGGCUCAAGGCUCUCCCUAUGGGCGAAAUGGCCAUCAAAGCAUAG